AUGAUAAGAACUGAAGAAAGAAAUAAAAAUAAUUAUAACACCUUUAAUGGUAACAAUGAUAAUAAUAAUAAUAAUAAUAAUGAAAUAAUUAAUAAAAAUAAUAAAAAUGUUAUUAAUAAUAAUGGAUCUUGGGUAUCUUCAAAUAAAUCAUUUAAAAAUCAAUUUUAUUUAAAGGAAACAUUGGAUUCAUUUUCAUCAAAUCCAGUUAACGAGAUAAUUAUAUUACGUAUAUCAAUACCAGAGUUAAAUGUUAUUUCAUUAUUUAAAAUUGAUAGAGAUUCAACAGUUAAGGAAUUACUUUACCAAGUUAUAAGUAAAAAAAGUUUACAAAUGAAUGUUUAUAGUUUAUAUUUAAUGCCAAAUAAAAGAGUUGAUUUUGGAAUGUGGUUAGAUGAUUCAAAACCAUUGUUUCUAUAUGAAUUGAAUGAUAAUGAUUUAGUUGAAUGUAAAAGAAGAUUAAUUACAGAUUUCUCAAAUCAAUUUCAUAUUAAAGUUGUUUUUCCUGAACAAAUGAAAUCAAAAACAAUUCAUGUUGAUGCAAAAAUGUUAGUUAAAGAUGCAAUAAAUUUAAUAAAUUCAAAAAUGGAUAUUCAAACUCAAAUUCCAAAUCAAGAUAUUAAUAAUUAUGGUUUAUAUUCUUUAAUUUUAGAUACAACAACAACUAAUACACCAUCAACAAAUACACCAUCAACUUCAAUUUUAAUGAAAGAUGAUGAUUUAUUAUCAAGUUAUUCAAUGGGUAGUAAUAUGAAUGUAAUGGAAUUUAGAAAAAAAGAAAUUGUAGUUGUAUCAUUAUUUAAUUAUCAAAAUAAUAAUAAUAAUAAUAAUAAUAAUAAAAAUAAUAAUAAUAAUAGUAGUGUUAGUGGUGGUAAUGGAUAUCAAACAUUAAUAUCAUCAACAUUAUCAACAUGUAAAACAACAACAACAACAACAACAAUAACAACAAUAAAUAGUAAUAAUAUGACAAAUAAUAAUAAUAAUAAUAAAUUACCACCACCACCAGUACCAAAAAGGUCUGAUUUACAAAGUCAACAAGAAUCACCACCACCAUCACCACAACUUCCACCACCACCACUACCACCAUCACCACAACAAAUUCCAUCACCACCAUCACCACCAACAUUAUCAAUUCAAAUUAAAUCAAAUGUUUAUGAUAUUAUAAAUGAAAUUAAAGAGUGGUUAAAAUUAAAUUUUAAUAUUGAAAUUACAAAUCAAUAUAAGAUGAUGUUAUUACAAUCAAGACAAUUAAAAUUAUGGUUAAUUGAUAGUAAACCAUUAAAUUCUUAUCAUAUUAGAAAGAAUGAUUCAUUAUAUUUAUUUCCAAAGAUAACAGAAGAAGUUAAUCUUGAUGAAGGAAUUUGUUUAAAAGUUAGAUUCUCUGCAUGUAAUGUUGUAAAUGAUGUAAAUAGUAGUAAUACAAAUAGUAGAUUAACUACAAAAACUUUACCUGGUGAAGUAUUAAUUUUAAAAAUUGAAAAUGUUGUAAUGUUAAAUAUAGUUUCAAGAAAACCAUUAUUUGGUGAUAUUUAUAUGACAAAUUUUCAAUUAAUUUUUAUAACUAGAGAAGCUAAUAAAGAAUAUAAUAUUCAUUUAGGAGUAAUUUCAAAAAUUGAUAAAGUUUCAAAUAAAUCAAAACAAACAUUUUGUUUUUUAGAUUUACAUUGUAAAGAUUUUAGAUUUAUUAGAUUAGUAUUUGUUUCUAAAGAUAAAUCUAGAAAGAAAUUAUAUUUAACAUUAAAACAUCAAUGUUUUCCUGGUAUUCAAACUAAACUAUUUUCAUUUUAUAAUAAAGAAGUAUUUUAUUAUAAACAAAAUAAUAUAAAAAUUGGUGGUGGUGGUGGUGGUGGUGAUUGUUUUAUUAGUAAAAUUGGUGAUAAAAUUAAUGGUUGGUUAAUUUAUAAUUCAGAGAGAGAAUAUAAGAGAAUGAAUAUUAAAGCUGGAAGUGGUUGGAGAAUUUCAACAAUUAAUAAUGAUUUUAAAAAGUGUGAGAGUUAUCCAAAAUUAAUAGUUGUACCUGAAACAAUCACUGAUACUCAAUUGGUUGAUGUUUUCAUAUUUAGAUCAAAAGGUCGUAUCCCUGUAUUAUCUUGGAAACAUCCUUCAAAUGGUACAACAAUUACAAGAUGUUCACAACCUUUAGUUGGUUUAACUGGUAGUAGAUGUAUUGAUGAUGAAUUAUUAAUUAAACAAAUUUCAUCACCAACAAUAAUUCAACAACCACAAUCACAACAACAAUCUUCAUCACCUCCACCUUCAUUUAUUAAUUAUUCAUCAACAACAUCAACAAACUCAACACCAAAUUUAAAUCAAAUUAAUAAUAUUAAUGAUAAUUUUAAAAGUUUAAAUAAUUCAGGAAACAGUAUAGUUUUUAAUAAAAGGCAAUCAUACAUUUCAAAUUCAUUAUCAAAUUUAGAAUCAUCAUUAGUUAGUAAUAAUAAUAAUAAUAAUAGUAAUAUUAAUAAUAAUAAUAAUAAUAAUAAUGUUGAAAAAAUAUUAAAUUUAUUAGAUGCUAGACCAAAAGUUAAUGCAAUGAGUAAUAAAGCAUUUAUGGGAGCAGGAUUUGAAAAUGUUUCAACAUUUUAUUCAUGUUGUAAUAUAGAUUUCUUAAAUAUAGGUAAUAUUCAUGUAAUGCGUGAUUCUUAUGAAAAAUUAAAAUCAACUUGUAUAGAUUCACUUGGUGGUAUUAAAGAAAUUAAAAAUAGUAAUAAUACAAAUCAAGAUAAUAAUAAUAAUAAUUUUAAUUUAAAUAAUAGUAAUAGUAAUAAUAAUAAUAAUAAUACAAAUGUAAAUAGUGAUAAUAAUAAUAAUAAUAAUAUUGUAAGAAGUGAAAGUGAAGAAGAAUUAAGUAGUUUUUUAUUAGAGAAUGAAACACCAAUUAGUAGUAUUCAUAGUAGUGAUAUAAUUGAUAAUAAUGAAGGAUAUAAUGGUACAAAUAUUAAAUGGUUUGAAGGUAUUGAAUCAUCUAGAUGGUUUGAUCAUAUUAUUUUAAUAUUAAAAGGUUCAAUUAGAAUCGUUGAAUCAAUUCAUAAACAAUGUACAUCUGUAUUAAUUCAUUGUAGUGAUGGUUGGGAUAGAACACCUCAGCUAUCCUCUAUAUCAAUGAUUAUGUUAGACCCAUACUAUAGAACAUUGGAGGGUUUCAUUGUGUUGAUUGAAAAGGAAUGGUUGGAAUUUGGUCAUAAAUUUAAUGAUCGUAUUGGUCAGGGUGAUUCAAAACAUCUAGAUGAAAGGUCACCUGUAUUCGUUCAAUUCAUUGAAUGCGUGUAUCAUAUAAUGGAGCAAUUUAAAAAUUAUUUCGAAUUCAAUAGUCAAGUCCUUGUUGAAAUAUUAGUUAAUGGUUUAUAUUCAAAUAGGUUCGGUACAUUUUUAUAUAAUACUGUAAGAGAAAGAGAAAUCAAUAAAGUACAAUUGGAAACUGCUUCAAUUUGGUCUUUAAUCUUAUCAAAUUACUCUUUUUAUAUUAAUCAAAACUAUACAAGAAUGGAUAAAGUUUUAAUACCUUCAAUUGCAAUACCAUAUUUUAGUCUUUGGAAAGAUUAUUAUUUAAAAUAUUUAUUAUCAACAACUUCAAUAAAUUAA